AUGAAGCUCUACACCUCAGUCUUUGCCGUUCUGGCAUUGACUUCUGGUCACGUAACAGCGCAGACAGUCGAUAUAUCAGCCACUUCAGAGCUCACAUUCUUUGAAGGUACACGGACGCAGAGAGUAACCCGCCAAACCGGUCCUCCCACAGGCGCCUAUUCCUCGUACGCUUCCAAGAUCACACUAUCGUUCUCCAGCGAUACCGAGUCGGACGAGCUUACAAGCACCCUCACGGGUCUCUUCCCUACCGACUAUACAGACAGCACCACUAUUACUAGCAACCUGACCGAGACUGCAACUGCAACUGGAACGACAAACGGCACCUCGACCACUGCAACCAAGGCGAAGCCCACAAACACUCAGCCCUGCAACAACUAUGUCGAGCUGUGCAAGCGCAAGUACGGCAACAUCACCAUGGUGGGCUGCCACAACUCGCCCUUCGUGAGACCUGGUAACUCGGGCUCCAACCAGGAGCUUCAGGUUGAGACACAGCUUGACGACGGUGUUCGUUUCCUCCAGGGGCAGAUCCAAUUCCCCGCCAACUCAUCUGUUCCUCACUUUUUUCCUCAACCUGCGAUCUCCUCGACGCCGGUCCCAUCACCGACUGGCUCACUAGGGUGCGAAAAUGGGUCGACAGCCAUCCAUAUGAUGUUGUCACCAUUCUCCUUGGAAACGGAAACUACUCUCACCCUGACCUUUACGUCCCCUACAUCCAGGAGAGCGGUAUCCUUAAGUACGUUUACCAAGCUCCAUACCUCCCAAUGUCCCUGGAAGACUGGCCUACUCUGGAAAGCAUGAUCGUUCGCGGCAAGCGAGUCAUCAUGUUUAUCGACUACGUGUCAGACCAGAAGAAGUACCCAUGGCUUCUAGACGAGUUCACCCAGAUGUGGGAGACUCCUUUCGACCCUCUGAACCGCGAGUUCCCCUGCACUGUGCAGCGACCUCCGAACCUGAGCGACAAGUCGGCCAAAAACCGCCUGUACCUCAUGAACCACAACCUCAACGCCGAAUUCAAUGUGUUUGGUGCUGAGAUCUUGGUCCCAGCUGUUGCGCUGCUCAAUGAGACUAAUAGCGAUAAGGGCUACGGCAGCUUGGGUCUUGCGGCUAACAACUGCCGCUCCGACUGGGGUCGGGCUCCCAAUAUUCUCAACGUGGAUUACUACAACUACGGUAACUUCCCAGGCUCUGUCUUUGAAGUUGCCGCGCAGAUGAACAAUGUCACAUACGAUCGCAAAUGCUGUGGUUUGGUUGCAAGCUUGGCUCCCCGAGCGUAUCAGGCUGCGUCCAUGACAGCUCUUUUCACUGUAUUGAUAUCAGCAUACCUCCUGUUUUAG